AUGUUGAAACCACAAGGGUAUGUUGCGCUACCAAAAGUUCUGAAACUGGAUCCAGAGCACUAUGGACAUUGGAAAGUGUCAGUCAAACAGGUUAUUCAAAGCAUUGACAUGGAAGCCUGGUUUGCUGUUGAAGAUGGCUGGACUCAACCGAUGGUUAAAGAUGACAAUGGUGUGUUGAUGGCCAAACCUCGGAAACAAUGCACUGCGGAAGAGAAGGCUGAGUUUAACAGUGUCCAAUUAUGUGUGUUUGUGAAAGAAGCUUGGGAUAUUCUCCAAGUUACCUUCGAAGGAACUAGCAAUGUGAAGCGGACAUGCCUGGACAAUCUGGCCUCAAAUUUCGAAAUUCUGUCCAUGGAAGAGGGUGAAACCAUUGCUGGUUGUAGCAGUCAUUUAAGUUCUAUCUCACAGGAGGCGGUAGUCAUGGGUAAGCAUUAUAAAGAUAAGAAGUUGGUGAAGAAGUUCCUCAGGAGUUUACCAGAUAAGUUUCAACCACACAGAUCUACUAUUGAUGUCUCUUUAAACUUGGAUGAACUGAAGUUCAGUCAAGUCGUUGGAAUGAUGCAAUCGUUUGACAUGCAGCUGAAGAAGAAGGAACAACGUGCUGAACGAUCAUUUGCUCUGAAGGAUGUUGAAACACAGAAGAAUACUGAGGCACAUGAUAUUGCAGAUGAAGAAAAGGUUGGGUUACUAGUGAGGAAGUUUUUUCAGAAGAUGGAGCGUAGUCAGCGCAGAGGAUCUUCAUCUACGAUUAGAGCUGAUUCAGAAAAGGACUUUAAGAGGGGUGAAAAGCAAGAAUGUCAAUGCAUGGAGUGUGAAGAAUACAUACAUCUCAGGGUGGAGUGUCCUAACAACAAGCGCAAAGGAUCAAUGCAGUGUUAUGGGUGCAAAGGAUAUGGACACACCAAGGCUGAAUGUCCUACCAAAGAGAGUAGAUCCAAAUCGUUUGUUGUCUGGAGUGAUAGUGAAUCUGGCGAUGAUGAGCAAGAUGGUGAAGUGCUCAAUAACUAUGUGGCCUUAUUGGGAGUCAUUGAGGAAGAUGAAGUGGUAGAGCAGGCUGUGAAAGUUCAACCAGCUGUUGUAUCAGACUCAGAAGAUGACAAAGCAGAAGUGUCAGCUGAAGAACAAGUUACCCUGCUCAUUUCAAUUAUGGUUCAGAAAAAACAGGAAUAUGAUAAACUGGUAGCUGAAAAAGAGGCUUUGACUUCAAAACUCACAUUGUUAUCCACCGAAAUCGAGGAAGAAAAGUCUCAGAGACUUGAGAAGCAACUGGAUGAGCAGCUGAAAAACAUCAAAAUAUUGAGCAAAGGAACAAAGGAUCUUGACACCAUUCUAAGUAGUGGGAGAGUGGGCAAUAUGAAGUGGGGACUCGGUUAUCAAGGUAAUGAUGCCUCAACAUCCACUAAGUUUGUCAAGGGCCUGAGCUCAGUGAACAAAGAUGUUGCACCUACCGAACCAAAGGCACAAGUAACCGUACCAUCUAAGGAUAAUCAUCAGCAGACAAGAGCUCAGCAGGCAUAUGGACCAGUCUUCAGUGUUCUUCGAAGUCGAAGGAAUGGGUGUUGGUAUUGUGGAAAUCUCAGUCACUUUAAGGCACAGUGUUAUGGGUACAACAAUCGCAUGUCAAGGGUUACCCAACAAGAGCCGCUGUAUGUCAAGAAGAGUGAUAUUUACUGUAAUGUAGCUCAUCCUGAGGAUAAAUUUGGGUCUGAACAGAAGAAGUGGUAUUUUGAUAGUGGUUGUUCCAGACAUAUGAUUUGGGCUCACACCAAUUUGUCAGAGUUUGAGAAUGUAGCUACUGGGCGUGUUACCUUUGGAGAUGGAGCAAAAGGAGUAAUCAAAGGUAAAGGUGUUACUGGUGGAAAUACCCAACCCAAUCUCAAAGAUGUGUUUCUUAUUGAUGGUCUGAAGGCGAACCUCAUCAGUGUCAGUCAGCUGUGUGAUGAAGGUUUGGAUGUUAUUUUUACUAAGUGGGACUGCCAAGCUGUUGAACAACAAGGGUCUGUGAAACUCGAAGGCAAGCGAUCUGUAUGCAACAAAGGGAAACAGGUAAAAGUGUCACACAAAGCUGUUCCUGAUGUUCGCACUAGACAUGUCCUAGAACUAGUUCACAUGGAUUUCAUGAAUCCAAUUCGUGUUCACAUUGGAGGUGGUGCCGGUGGUGCAGUUGGAGGUGGUGCCGGUGGUGUAGUUGGAGGAGGUGCUACAGGUAGUGUUGGUGGCGCUGUUGGAGGUGGGGUUGGUGCCGGUGGCGCUGUUGNGCAAAGGAACAAAGGAUCUUGA